AUUAAAUAGGUCAGAUGCCAGUCACCAAAUAAUACACUAACCUUCGAACCGGAAGCAAUUUCGUGGAGUCAUGGAAGUUUUGAAGCACUCGCUGUUGGAUGCUCGCAUGUAAACAGAACCUCUUGUUUUGUUGUUGUAAGACAAUCAACAGGUCAUGCAUGCCUCUCGAAGGGGUACGAAUUUGAAACAUUAGUAUUGCAGUAAAUUAUUGAGCAACAUGUCUAUGGAAGAUCCGUUUUUCGUCGUCAAAUGUGAGGUCCAGAAGGCAGUGAACACUGCCCAAGGGCUGUACCAGAGAUGGAGCGAGCUGCUACAGGAUCCCAGUGGUACUUCCAAGGAGGAGGUAGACUGGACCACCAAUGAGUUGAGAAACAGUCUGCGGUCCAUCGAAUGGGACCUGGAGGAUCUCGAUGAGACCAUCAGUAUUGUUGAAUCAAACCCUAAGAAGUUCAAUCUGGACGCAGUGGAGCUAACCAAACGGAAAGGCUUCAUCACAAGCACUAGACAAACUGUUAAGGAAAUGAAAGACCACAUGUCCAGUCCAACGGCCUUAGCCAUGUCAGACAAGAAAAACAGACAGGCUCUGUUAGGGGACAGUGGGUCUCAAGGCCCAAUCUGGCAACCAGGACCUGACAAAUACACCCGUCUGGACCAAGAGCUACGGACGGCCAACUCCUUGUUCAUUGAUGAGCAGCAAACCCAGCAGCAGCUCAUGGCAGAGCAGCAGGAUGAGCAGCUGGAGCUGGUGUCUGGGACCAUCGGAGUGCUGAAGAACAUGUCUGAGAGGAUUGGUAUGGAGCUGGACGAACAGACAGUGAUGCUGGAUGACUUCUCCAAUGAGAUGGAAGGUACCCACUCCAGACUAGACAACGUCAUGAAGAAGCUGGCCAAGGUCUCCAACAUGACCACCGGGAACGUCUGUGCCAGACGACCUGGAGUCAUAACGGGUCACAGCUGGAGAGGAAGGAAAAGUACACCCCACACCCCAACAAAUGGUGGCACCUCCUUAUAAGGAAACACCCUCAGGAAGCUUUCAACAGGAAGAACUCAGGAGACAGGGAGUCAAAUGAAAUCUGGUCCUUUUUUGUCCGGAUAUCCUGUCGGGACUUUCCCCCCCAUCCCCUAUACAAUGUGCCUGCCGGUACUUUCCCCUGGCCCCUAGACAAUGUGCUUAGGGUUUUAUAUUUGUACUAUAUUGUAUUAUAUCAAGUUUUCUUUGCAACAUGCCACUCAAAUUGCAACUUUAAAAGAUGAUUGUUUCAGGUUGAAAGACAUGGUAGCCUUCAUAGAACAUGAAUUCCUUGUAAUUUUAUUUAUUUGGACCUUUCAUGCCUUAAUAUGUCUGAAAUAAUUGUCUUAUUAUUAUUUUACAUUAAAAAAAAAAAUAGAUAAAUUGCUCCUCCCGUUGUUUGUUACAGUUUACCUUCCUCUCUCUCUCUCUCUCUCCCUUCUCUUGCAGACCGCCGACAGUGGUGUGCUAUUGGCAUUCUACUGGCCAUUCUGCUUGUUGUCAUCAUACUCUUCUUGAUCCUAUGAUGACCGGACCGUCCACCACCACAACACUCCCGUCUCCGUUUGACCAUAAGGUGCUUGGGAAAACAUCGAGGUUUCCAUUGACAUAGCCAUUUUCCUAUCUUACCCCAGACCCUCUUUUUACUACAUACUGCUGAAUAUACAGCGACGCUUCUUUGGCUGCUGCAGUUUCCUCCCAAGCAACGUUCUCAAUCCUUAUUCUAUCACUCAACUUAAACCUUCCUUGGCAUCUCAAUGUAGGAUUUGGCCCUAUGUGAAUACUAGGCCUCAAAAUAUUUUACAGAAACCCGUUUGAGGUAAACCAGGUUGUAACCAGGGUCGUUGCAUACUCCUUGUGACAUUUAAGUGUUAAUAUUCAGAAAAUAAUGUAUGAAGAAGACUCCACUCCGCUAAUCUAAUCGUUAGUGUUUUUAUUUAAAGGGUGUUGUCUAUCAUUUCUCACUGGAAAAACCCCUACGGCUACCUAAUGCACUGACGGCAUAACAAGUUUAUAUGGAUAUAUUAAACUGUAUAUAUAUAAUCAUAGUUGAAUCACAACACUGGAGUUCCCUAACAAGGAAAAUUAUAUAUAUUGCUAAGCAGGUAUACAUAUCGCUAACCACACUAAAAUGGAUGAACUUAAUGUUUUUUCUUUUUUUUCUUAAUCUAUGUUCUUUCAUUUUGUACUGUAUGUAUUUUUGGGGUAUUGGCUUAUACACAAUCAACAGGUGUUUAACACUCACCUGCAAAAUCAAGUCGCUGCCUGCAGUACUGAACAGAAUGGAGCAAAUCCAUAGAGGUUUGUAUCUGGAACAGGGCUCAAGCUUGAAUUUAUGUCUCUAAUGUGAGCAGUCUUAUCUUGUACGUAAAGUGGUAUGAUCUAGAAGUCCUUCGCCCACAUGUCUAUAUGCUUGGUAUCUUUCAGUCCGACAACAUUUCACCAUGAGGGCCCUUCUAAAGACUUCAUGACAUGCUUAUGAACAGUUUGUGAUGCCACCAGGCACUCCAUAAAUACUUGAAGACAGCAUGUCAACAGACCUAAGGUUGUUUAUCUCAGCGACUAAGCGGCAUGCAUUUGUUUUGGAAUGUGGAAGGCCCUUAUGCCAAAGUGUUGUGUAAAAAAAAAACGCUAAUUGAGAGGCCUGACUUGUGUUAAGGUUUGUCAGUGUUAUAGGAACCCUGUUGUAAUAAUGAUGAGGGAAAUCGGGAUGACUGAGUCAUGCCUGGGUCGUAUUCAUUAGGGCACACAGUAGAAAAAUAUUUUGCUACGGAAAAGUAAUGUUUAAUUUCAGUCGGCUUUCUUCCGUUUGGUGCUAAAUGAAUAAGGCCCAGGUAGUUGCGAUAAGACUGAGAACAGAGAACUGUAUAGUCGUCUGAUGAUACUGUAGUAGGCUGAUACUGUAUGUUAUGCUAGGGCUGGAAACGGUUCAUUUUGAUCUUGCUUCCCUGUUCCUCGCCCCUACCUGGGAAGUUCCAGGAUAAGUCGAGGGUUGAAUGAAUCUGCUUUCACAGUGUGUUCCUAUACAGUUCAAGGAGAAUGAUACUGUUAUGAUACUGUUAUGGUGGAAACCUGGUAACAGAGUUUGAUUUGAAUAGGCCUCAACUCAUUUGAGAACUUGAUAUGAACGUAAUACAUUAAUUGACUGUACUUUAGGUUGUACCAGCUCAAUCCACGUAAUGCAAAUAAUGCAAUACACCAGAAUGAUAGGGGUAAUGUGAUGCACAGUGAUGGUACUACUAAAUGAAAUAUAACGGACACUAGUGAUCAAUUCUCAAGUCUGAGUUCUGAAAACACUCCACUAUCUUUCAAAAAAUAUUGUGUGUCAAUUGUUUUUAUUUGUUUAUUUAUUAUUUCAUUAUGAUUAGUCAAUACAAGUUUACUGUAAUAGGAAUACAGUAUUGCAUUUACAGUAUAUGAUGUCAUUAGAGGUAGAAAACAUUUACUGACAUCAUUUCUUUCGUCGUUUACUUUUUAUUUUUCAAAUGUUCUCUUUAAGCGUCCACACAUUUUUAGCAGUGUUAUAUCUGGUAGGAAGGGUGUGACUUGGUUGACAAUAUUGGCAUUUAUUUCAGAUUAUGGAUAUUUUGAAAGCAUGACAAUGACCCAGACAAUGAUGUACCAUCUCAAAAUCACGUGUGUCAGUCACCAAAAAAUUGUGGAAUUUGUAAACAUUGCAAAUAAUUGUGAUGCUGUGUUACGAUACAAAGUACCCGUAGUAUUAAAUACUGUACUUAAUGCACAACAAAGUCACUGGUGAUAGGUGGAUGAGACCUAUUUGGUAUAUGUGAUAAAAUAAUAAAUAAUACUAAUGUUUGUGGAGAAUGGGUACGGUCCAUUACAAUGUAGGUCAUGAUGAGUGUUUGUUUGGAUGAAACAGAGUUCCCAGAGAGGAGGAGGCGAAGUGAGAGGUUUCACUUGCCGUAAUCUGAUUUAAACUUGUCGCCCGCUUUUGGGACAACGACUGCCAUUUUUAGGGCAGAGACAUAAGCAUCUUGUCAUCAUAUACAGAUCUCUGGUGUUCCUCUUAUUUGUUGUGUAUUCAUGUGUCUGGAGUGUAUGAAAAUGCUUUUUUACCCUUGAACCUUGACCUCAUGUCAUCUUAUUAUGGCUGUGCGUCUGUCCUGAAAAUAAAACGGACAAGCAGGAUGCUGCGAAGAUUCA